GAUAUGUUUAGGUCUUCCUUCACGUAUGCGGAGGAUUUGUUUGUGUCCAAAUGUCAUGGCCACUGCUGGCCAUGAGCGGAUUUUGUUUGUGACAGUGCCAAUGAGUAAAAUGAACUGGUCAAGGCCGGCAAGAACAUCAAACUCCUUCAGAACCAAUCGACGCCUUCAAGUACUGCUUCGCUCUCCUCAUGGCUGAUUGGGUGGAAUAUCCGUCGCAAUGGCUGCUCCUUCGCAAGCUGCAUCCUUGCCAAGGCCUUCUGCGAGGAGGUCUAGGGAUGUGAUCCUGCCCUUGCAUGUCCCCUUGGAGCAGUUGGUGUGUGGCGCCAUCCGACACAUCCAGGUGAACCGCCAAGAGCUGAAGAGAGCAGGCUUCACUUUGCUCCAAGACAGCUUCGAAGUCCUUAUUCCACGUGGUGCACCUGAUGGACACCGCAUCACUUUCACGGGCAAGGCCGGUCCUGGGGACGUGAUCUUCGUCCUGCAGGAGCUGCCUCAUCCUACUUGGGCGCGAAGAGGAGCUGACCUCUUCGUGAAGAAGAGCAUCUCCCUCUACGAGGCAUUGGCCGGCAGUCCGCUGGUCAUCGAGCAUUUGGAUGGGCAAAAGCUUUUGGUUCAUGCCCGGCCUGGAGAAGUUUGGGAUCCUCGCGACGAAGAGUUGGACCACAAGUGGCUUCGCUUUGAUGGGAUGGAUGCCUUUGCCGGUCAGGACGCAACGAUCAUCAAGACGAGCAACUGGCAAAAUAAUUUCAAGGAAGCUACACUAGCAGCUAUACUAUACUAUAUAUAUAGCUUUUUGAAGCUUUGUAGUUUAUGUUUGCUGCACUCUGUCAAUUUGGGGUGGCUCCCAAGAACCAGUAUAUAGCCUUUCAAAAGUCUUUUUGUUGAAUUUGUUGUCCUUUUCCCUGCGGUUGAUGGGGCAAGGGUGUGCUCUAGUGAUUCCGAAGUUGCAUGGCAUGUCUAUGAUCAAGAGACUCCCCUCCUUUCGCAACAUCAGGUGAUUUAGAGUCUUGCAAAGAGUUUUGCCGUCGCAAUGGCUGGUCGGGCUUCACCUAUUGGGAGAAUGCUGCGUAUUUCCGCGCGCAGGAUCGUACAGCUUUGCUGGAAAACCAAACGCCGACUCGAGGAUGCAUUUUGUUCGUUUGUCCAGAAAGGACUGGCCCAUUGCAGCGUGCCAUCUUGAACGAGGGCAUGCCACAGAUGUCACGACCAGGUCGAAGAGGUGAUUUGUUUGUCCUUCUUCAUGUGGAGUGGCCAGAGGUGAUCAGUGAUGACUUGGUCAAAAUCCUGAGGGAUGCUGACAAGGAGAAGAUACCUGCAGAGCAGGUGGAAGACAACGAAUUGGAGGAGUUCGAACUUUGUGACCUUGACCUAUUGGAGAGUCGCCCGCAGCUGACCACAGGACCCGACUGCACCGAAGAUGAGCCUGCAGCCUGCCCUGCGAUGUGAUUGCGAGAUGCAGGUGGAUGCUGCAGGAUUGAAAGAUGAGAACUGAGCCCCAGGAGAACUGAGCGUCGUGUGCAAGGGUCAACCUUCGUCAUUCGGCCAGUGUGAGAGCCAAAAUGAAUCAACCAGGUCCUUGCUUCUGACGUUCCACUACCAAGAGCACCAUGGCACCAUGGCCACUCUGGAAUAGGUGCUGUUUGUGAACGACCAGAGUGACGGGCGGCCAUUCGAACGGUGUACCAUGCGCAUGCACGUGCGUGCAUAUUAUGCAAAACUGCAGUUCCAAAUUGUGCUUACAAGAAGC